AUGGCUAUAGGUGCCGUCGUUCUCUACCCGGCGUCGCCUGACGCGACAUUCGACAUGACAUAUUACCUCACCCGCCACAAACCGCUGUGCGUCGAGCGCUGGGGAAAGUACGGCUUCAAGGACAUCACUGUGCUCAAGGUCAACGCCAGCGCGGCGGAAGGGGAGAAGCCAGCGUACAGUGUCAUCGCGACCUUGACGUGGGACGAUGAUGGGAAGGGAGAUGGGAUCGCAAAGGCUUUGACUGGUGAAGAUGGAGAAGCCGUCAUGGGAGAUAUCCCCAAUUUCAGCAACAAGACGCCAUUGUUCCUGAUGGGAGAUGUUGCAAGGUAG